UGAAGCCAGGAAACACGGAAGUACAGAAACAGAAGAGAAAAGUUCAAACUAAACUCUCUUUCCGAGCCGUUUUCAUCGCCACGAGUCGAAAGAACAACCUCACCAUGGGUCUUUGUGAUGACCUGUCUCACUGCAAGGUGGCGUUGGUGAUCGCUGUGCUGAUGGACCUGCUGGGUGGAGUCUCUCUGCUGAUGGGAGUCUUUGCCUCUUUGAAGUUAAAUGGAGAAGAAUGCGGAGACAUCUUGGUUUAUAGCGGAGUCCUUUUCAUAGUUGCGUCUCUGGCUGGAUGGGUGCUGUGGUACAGUGGGAACAUCCAGGGCCUGCCCCCCAAGGAGGAGCUCACACAUCUCAACUCCACUGUCGACCGACUCGCCCGCCGAGUCAGCAAGAAGAUCUUCUCCCAUCGGAGAAGCAAUUCUUCACAGUCAAGUCGUGUCUGACAGUAUUUUCAGAAAAAGUUACAGAAUCAAAACAAGUGUUAGAUAUAUAUAUAU